AUGCUUCUCAGGCCGGGCCGGGGGUUCAGCCGGCACGCCGCACGGCCGCAGCUGGCGGCCGUAGGAGGGGUGCCGGUCGGCUGCGGUGUCACUGAGCCGUGCUGGCCGCCACCGCAGGGGGGACUGUCGCGUGCGAGCGGAACCCCACCACCCGCACUGCCCAGCUUCACGUGCACCCUGACGAUCCCAGCCGUUCACACGCCCUUGGGUGGCUUCGAGGAGGCGACGUUCACGGCGUGGUCGAUCGAAAAAGUGAAUAUCACGCCGGAUCGCUUGAGCGCCCUGUGCUCUGAGGCAACCAUUGGAACACGCGUGCUGCAGCGAUCGCCGACAACUCAGGUGUUUGCAGAACUGCUGAUUCUGCUGAUGAUCAUGCUGUGCCCGUGCUAUGCAUACUCGGCCCGGCAGAUGAAUCAGCGGCUCAGGGCAGAGCUCACAUUGCAGCAGCAGCGGCGGAUGGCGGUCCUGACGGCCCUCAUAUAG